GAAAGUGUAGUUUUAGAUUCAGGAUCAGCAGGUUAGAUUUAGUGAUCAUCAAGAUCAAGUUCAAGGUUUAAAUCUUCGGAAACUUAAUAAUAAGUUCCUGUCUAGAUAAUUAGUUAAAAUUAAAAUAAUAGCAUUAGCUCUCCCACGUAUUCAUAAUACGAGCAUUUCUGUAAAGUCAAUAUUUUUCAGUCGGUAUUGAUGUAAAUAAAUUUAUUCAUUAUUCUUGUAAAAAAGUGAGUUUCUACUACAAAUUUCUUGCACAACGUCACAAAGAAAAGGGGCAUCCGCGAAAGUGGAUGUGAAUCAGGACACGCAAUCCCAUAAUCGAAUAGGGAGCGUUACAGUAUGUACAGGGUAACUUCCUGUUUUAAACAAAUGAAAGAGUGAGACAAUUCGCCCAGUCCUUGAUAACGUAUGGUAAAUGAUUUUACGGACAGAUUUUACUAAAAUCUAUCCAUUUUGUAAAAUUAUUUUAGAAACUUUUACAAAAUAAGAAGGUCCCUGAUCUGCCCGAGCUUGCAAAAUGUAAGACCAUGCAGAUUUAUAAACCGUUCCAGUGUAUUAGUACAUGUAUGUAUGUACAUACAUAUAUUUAAAAUAAGUGAGUGUCACAUGGACAAUGCCCAAAUUUCAAUAUAGGUACAUACACCCAUAACUGACGAAUUUUCCUUACAUAUGUACUUAACAGUUGGUAAAUAUUAUUCAUAAAGGGAACAUAUCAUUAUAACUGGUCGUUAAGAUCAGUGCGAACAAGUGGCGCCGGUUAGACGCUCUAGCGAAAUAUGAUAUUUCAUCCACUUCUGAACGAUGGGUAAAUUCAUUAGUCAUCAUUUCAUCAUUUCAUUCUGAUAAGUCAGAAUAGUAUACAUAAAUCCGAAUGCAAAGUACGAAACAAUUGUGGAUAGAUUUGCGCCCAGUAUUUUUCUAUGUGUGCAUAAUUUUGUAUGUACAGGAAGGGAAAUUUGCAUACCUAAAAUAAUGGGAUCUCGUGGGAUUAUUUUUUAGGAAAAGGUGAAAAGAAGGAUUAAUAUUGAAGACAAACGUUUAAUUUGAAUACGUACUAACGUCAAGUCCAUUCCUUUCAUUCCCGAGUCAUUGUUUAAUGGUAGAAUUUAUAGCUCCCUGGAAAACGAAAUGUACAUGCCUACAUCCAUAAAUAUUAUAAACAAUUAUGGCGUUUGAUGAGGGUGAGAAAUAAUAAUGUGGCAGUCUAGCCAACUGUCGCCUAGAUUAAAAUUAACGCUUAUGAUGAAGCACAGACAUUAUGACGAUGGCGCAAUCUCCAUUUACUGGAUUCAAAGAAUGCGUAAACUGAGUCACGGAUAAGUUAAACCGAUCAAAUUUGCUUUCCUAAGGUGCAUACAGCUAGGCGUCUAGAUUAGCUUAGUCGAGAUUCGGCAUUCAAUACCCUCACACAACUCUUGGAUCUGCUUCUCUCCGGAUUUAAUUCAGACCACAAAGACAUCAACUCUACAAUUAGCGACCCUAAAUCAAGAUCUAAGAUAUUUAACAUUGCUACACUAUGGCCGUGAAAAUAUCGAAGAUCGAUAAUCAGAUUGCAAACUACAUGUACAUGACGACAAAGGGAACUCUUGCAGACAUUACAAUUACUGGGAUCGUCCUCACUUUAAUUGUGCAUCCCGCGGUCACUUUCUGGCAAUGGGAUGCUAAAUUGGAUGCUAAACUUGACGAAUUUGUAUACGCUUGGACUACGACCGUCUGGAACCAUAUUUCUGAAAACCCUUGGCCUGGCUUUGCUGUAGCUUGUUACUUUUCGUGCUACGAUGCAGUUUGGUAUAUGAAACGGCGAUUGGGGGGAAGGUUUAAUGAUGGAUUCAUUGUGAAGCUUGCCGGUGGGUAUUUCACCUGUAUUUGGGCCGUCUUGUGGAUUGUCAUCUUAUUUGGAAGCAUCCCAAAUUCAGGAUGCGCCAUUCCACUCCCGGACAAUAUUUCCUGCCUCGUGAUCAUAAUGGCUUUGUACUUCAGAACAAUUACCUUUGCCUCAUGCAGGUACUUUGAAUUCACUGCUGCCUAUGGCUCGGCCGAGGGACAAAUUGUAUCACCAGGUAAGAAAAACGAAGAGCGUGGGAAAACUGAGAAAAAUGAGAAACUUUUGAUGGAGGUAUCUGCAGCCGUUUAAGCUGCUUAAUCGCAUAUUAUGAUAAUUGCACCUUACCUAUCUUAUUGCUAUUGGUAACCAACAAAACAAUUCCAACCCAAAAACCAGAAAAUAAAACUACAUUUAAAAAACAGCAUUCUUCGGUGAGGGUGCGACUAAAAACUUUUAAACAAGAGCAUUGAACAAAUUUUAAAAUUUAAUAUUACCAACUUUUGCCUCACCGUGGGCAUUUAUUUAAAUGCAGAAUCAUUUUGGACCCACGGUGAGGCAAAAGUUGGUCAAUAUUAAAUUUUAAAAUUUGUUCAAUGCUCUUGUUUAAAAGUUUUUAGUCGCACCCUCACCGAAGAAUGCUGUUUUUUAAAUGUAGUUUUAUAUUACUUUAUUAUCACAAGUUUAAUUCUUGAAUAACAUGAUUAAUCUAUAUUAUUUUUUAAUCUUUUCAAUUAAUUAAAUUAUGGGAAAUGUUAACAAGUGUCGUAAUUAUAACAUCUUUUAAUUGAAAGAAAAAUGUAAGUGCUUUAAUUUCUUAAUACGUUUAAAUAAUGAAACUAUUUGCAUGCAUGCAUAGAUUAAAAAAUUCUGAUAAUAUUUGGUAUUAGUCUCAAAAUUUAAGUUAUGGGUUUUACUAAUUAAAAAUAUGUAGCUACAAGUUAGUCAAGAAAUAAAAACUGAAUCAAAUCAUG